AUGGUCUUUCGAUUCGUGCGAAAACCGCGCAGCGGUUGCCUGAAGCUGCUCUAUCUUGCCGCCUUCGUUUGCGUGUUCCUGUUCGUUUCGAAUCAGUUAAAAAAUUCGCAGUCGCUAGCAAAGGCUAUAGUGGCACCGUUUGAGAAGGAACGAGCACUGCACCCGCUUCCGGAAGAAUCCAAGGAAUAUGGAAAUCAUGACCAUGGUGCCGGGGCUCAAGCGGAAGGUGCUCCACUGCCGAUAAUAAAAAAUGAAGAUGGUGAUGGUGUUGACCCUGAUCGAGUUGAUGGACCAGAUGCUGUUGCUUACAAAGGUGAACAAGAUCAAGAGCAAAUGCCUGCUAUGGGUGCUGUGGCUGCAAAUGAUGUUUUCGGAAAGCAGUCGCACAAUGCUCGUCCCGAGUCAGACGAUGACUCCUACCCCCAUCUAAACACGAAUGGGAAAUUUAUUCCACAUCGUAGGAUCGUACAUUUGGAUCUCAAAGGAGGAGCUUUCAAACCUGAAUUCUUUACUGAAAUUUUCUACUAUUUGAAUCGAAUAAAGGCGACUGGUAUUCUGAUCGAGUGGGAGGACAUGUUUCCUUACACAGGCAACUUAUCUGUAGCUGUGAAUGGAAAUGCGUACUCUAUUGAUGACGUGGAGAACAUUUUGAAAGAGGCGAAACGUCAUCAUCUUGAAGUGAUUCCUCUUGUACAAACAUUUGGUCAUCUGGAAUGGAUUCUGAAGUUGGAGCAGUUCGCUCAUUUGAGAGAAGAUGUGCGCUUCCCACAGGUGAUAUGCUUCCCUGAACCUGAAGCGUGGAAUUUGAUAACCGAUAUGAUCGACCAGGUUGCGGAAGUGCAUAGGAAACACGGGAUGCCGUACUUCCAUAUGGGUGCCGAUGAGGCGUUUCAGAUAGGUGUUUGCAACGCCAGCUUGAUUGAAAUGGGACGACAAGGGUCACGUGACCGGUUGAUGCUUUGGCACAUUUCCAGAGUUGCAAAAUACAUUAAGGACAAAUAUUCA